GCUGCUUCGACACAGACUGACGACAUGUACGACGUGAAUCCUACCCACGACACCGCAUGGACCUCUCAGGUGCAGGGGAUCCAAUAAUUUUACUUAUUGGACCAACACAAAGAGCUAAGGAGGUUAACCGUGAGAACGUGGGAAUAGAUUCAGACAUUUACUACGGUUUAGACCGUGACGUCUGAGGAAACACCCUGAAAUUUCCAAGUGUUCCUCGGACCUCCAAUGUUAUCUGUCACCUUCAAAACUUCCACACGGCUGCACUUAGCAUCGACGACGGGACGUGCAUUGCGCUCUAAUAGUCUACGUCAUUUCCAUCGAUCUUGGAAAUCCCAAGAGCAUUUCCUAAAUGCCGAUGCCAAGGCAAGCACCCUACUGGUAGUGGCCUGUUCGCUGGAGCUGGUCACGGUGGACACAGACGUAGAGUUUGACCUUGCAGCAAAGUACCAGGUGCGCAUUCUUCGCCAUGAAUUAAGAGUUCUCGUCUCUGACAUGCAUCAGGUGCGAGCGCUGCCAACCGUUAUAGCAUUCAAAGACGGCAAGAAGGUUGACCAGUUUGUUGGAGCCUUGAAUGAAGGCGGCAUUAGACAAUUCUUAGCCAAGCUGUAGAAGAUGCAUAUUCUUAUAUGAUGAACAUGAUUGCACA